AUGCUGUCAGCCAUGGAGGGAGUAAAAACCCCAUUUGCGGGAAUUAUUAACGAUUUCAAAGGAAGAAGAAAGUGCUACAAACAAGACUGGCUUGCUGCGUUCCACUCCGGUGUUAGGAUAUUGGCUCCAACUUUGUAUAUUUUCAUUGCCUCUGCACUACCUGUGAUUGCAUUCGGCGAGCAGUUAAGCAGAGAGACAGAUCGAAGUCUUGGCAUAGCGGAAUCAUUAGCUUCCACAGCUAUUUGUGGAAUUAUCCAUUCAGUUUUUGGUGGACAACCUCUGUUAAUAGUAGGGGUUGCAGAACCCACAAUUAUAAUGUAUACGUAUCUUCAUAGCUUCAGCAAAGGCAGGCCUGAACUGGGUCAGAAACUCUACUUAGCUUGGGCAGGAUGGGUCUGUGUCUGGACAUCAGUUUUGCUUAUCCUUCUUGCAAUGUUAAACGCAUGCAACAUCAUUUCUAGGUUUACCAGAAUUGCAGGAGAGCUCUUUGGGAUGCUGAUAACAGUUCUUUUCAUCCAAGAGGCUGUUAAGGGACUUCUCGGAGAGUUUCUUGUCCCAAAAUCUGAAGAUCCAAGAUUAGAGAUGUAUCAGUUUCAAUGGCGGUAUACUAAUGGGCUUCUUGCAGUUAUCUUCUCAUUCGGUCUUCUUUACACUGCUCUGAAAAGCAGGAGGGCAAGAUCAUGGAGAUACGGCUUUAGGUGGAUGCGAGGUUUCAUCGGGGAUUAUGGAACUCUCCUCAUGCUUGUGUUGUGGAGCGCAUUCUCAUUCACAGUCCCCAAAGAUCUUCCUCAAGGAGUUCCAAGGAGGUUGGAAUUACCUCUUCCUUGGGAUUCCGAGUCCUUGUAUCACUGGACUGUAGUCAAGGAUAUGGGAAAGGUCCCUCCUCUUUACAUCCUUGCUGCAUUAAUACCAGCAAUCAUGAUAGCAGGUUUAUACUUCUUUGAUCACUGUGUAUCUGCACAAAUGGCUCAGCAGAAGGAGUUUAAUCUGAAAAAUCCACCGGCUUAUCACUAUGACAUCUUUAUUCUAGGAAUCAUGACAUUAAUCUGUGGCUUACUUGGACUUCCUCCUUCAAAUGGGGUCAUUCCACAAUCCCCUAUGCACACAAAGAGUCUUGCAGUUCUUAAGAGACAGCAAAUGCGAAAGAAAAUGGUGCAAAAAGCAAAAGAAUGCAUGAAGGCAAAAGCAAGCAACUCAGAGAUCUACGGGAAGAUGCAAGAUGCUAGUUCAGUGGUGAAAGAGCUAGAAAACUUGAAAGAAGCUGUGAUGAAAGCAGGCGAUGGAGGAGGAGACACAAAGGGGAAGAAAUUCGAUCCAGAAGUACAUAUCGAAGACCAUUUGCCCGUUAGAGUAAACGAGCAAAGAGUGAGCAAUCUCUUGCAAUCGAUCCUUGUUGGACUGUUGAUAUUAGCAGUGCCUGUUCUCAGAAUGAUACCAACUUCAGUUCUAUGGGGUUACUUCACUUACAUGGCUGUUGAUAGUCUCCCCGGGAAUCAAUUCUGGGAAAGACUUCUGCUACUAUUCAUCACUCCUGGUCGUCGAUUCAAAGUUCUUGAAGGCGUACAUGCAUCGUUCAUGGAGAUCGUGCCAUACAAGUCGAUUGUUAUGUUUACACUCUUCCAGCUUCUAUAUUUUCUGAUAUGUUAUGGAGUGACAUGGAUACCUGUAGGAGGAAUAUUGUUCCCAUUGCCAUUCUUCAUCCUCAUUGCUAUAAGACAAUACAUCCUCCCGAAGCUAUUUGAUCCAUCUCAUCUCCAAGUUUUAGAUUCCUCGGAGUAUGAGGAGAUGGCUGGUGCACCACAACGAAACCCCAGCUUCGGUUUUAAUGGGGAGCUAAGAGAGACGCAUAAUACUCCUAUGAGUUCUGUUGAGAUAAGUGAAGACGAGUUUUAUGAUGCAGAGAUUCUGGAUGAGAUUACUACUAGCAGAGGUGAACUCAAGCUUAGAACCGUAAGUGUCAAGGAAGACAGAUCCCAAAUGUCUUACUUGGUUUGCACCCUUGACACUUUGUCUGAAUUAAAUACUCUCAGGAAACCGCAGAGUAAAAGCACGAAGAUGUUCAGAGGCAGAAGAAGUAAGCAGAAAAAAGAUGGGGAAAGAGAGGACGACUAA